CCUCAUGCCUCCUCUUUCAGUUUGAGGAGGGUGUGAGUGUUUGUGUUGACAUGCCCCACGUGCAGCAAUCUUUAAAAGCAGAGAGAAAGGAAACCAAGAUACAGACAAGAGCACAUCUUCUCUACAGACCACAAGAAGAUAACUUAUGCUUCUUCAAGAUGGUGAAAGACACUAUCAACAGGAACUCUGAUCACACACAUCACAGGUGCUGCCUGUCCUGCCUCGGCCCGCUCACCUUCCACUGUCAGGCGGUGGGAAAUAUGGUCCGCCUGAGCCGGGGGGGUCUACUGGCAGAGAGGAAGGAUAGCACGUUCAAGAACGGCCUGGUGUUCAGCAGCCGCCCGCUGAAGAUCCACGAGAGAGUCCGCCUCAGGGUGGAGAAGGACACCUUCAACUGGAACGGAGCUCUGCGUCUGGGCUUCACCACCGUGCAUCCCAUGGCCAGAUCUCUGCCUCUGCCCAUCAUGGCCAUCCCCAACCUCACUGAGACCCCGGGGCACUGGGCUGCUCCUGUGCACGAAUCGUACUGCCAGGCAGGUGGAGAGCUGGAGUUCUGGGUCUCUGCUGGAGGCACCGUAUACAUCAGCGGCAACAACGGCAGGGAGCAGAAGCUGCUAUCAGGAGUGGAUGUCAGUCACCCGCUGUGGGCCAUGAUAGACAUCUACGGACAGACAUGCUCCAUCUCCCUCCUGGGCUCAGAGAAAAGGGAGUUUCUACGCACCAGACGGUCCUGUCCUGCACCUGAGUGCCUCACCUCACCUAAGGUUUACAAUCGCUGCAGUUUGACUACUGAUUCUUCAAGUUUGGAUGGAAACAGUGAUGAAUGCAUCUCCUGUCUGGAAGUCCCAGAAGAUGGAGACAGUGCACCAUCCUGCGUUGUGUGCAUGGAGAAGCAGGCCAGGAUCACUCUGCCUUGCGGCCACCGGUGUUUAUGCAACCAGUGCGCCUCCAAAGUCUUGAGGCGGUUUGGCACCUGCCCGCUGUGCCGACACAACAUCAGAGCUCCAUCGGUGAACGGGAGGAGAGCCUCCGUCCUUGUCUGACCUCCACCAGACAGGAAUCACCAAACAUAAGCUACUGAGUGACUGUGACAAUGAGAACACUUUACAUAGCACAUACUUAAUGUUAGUAUGUGCUAGUACCAGCAGACUGCAAAUGGUUCAGAACACUACAAAAGAGAUGUCAACUAAAACUACAAAAUAUGGUUGGUUUUAAUAUGGCUUUAAAAAUCAGUACAUUUUUGUUUGAAAGUAAAGAAAAUAACUUUACUGAAUGAAAAUUCAAUGGUUUAAAUUUGAUGGAAUUGAAAGUGAAAAUUACAAUGUUGUGAUUGUUAAAGAAGCCAUGCAGGAAGCCAUGCAGGAAGCCAUUUGAUACAGACGAGCCUGAUAUUGCUUGCACUCACAGCCCGUGUGUAAUGUCAUUUACACUGCACUGUAUAUUUAGAGUCCCUAAUUUUGUAAAUAUGAAAUCAAUCUUUAUUGUUGUACAGUAACUUUGUUUUUUAAACAUGAUAAUUUAUAUAAUUGUUGCUUUUUCACAAACUGGAUGUAAAAAUAAAACGUAUUACAUCAAUCUUAAAA